AUGAGCUCCGUGGUUAGGAAAUCCUUGCCGCAGCUCAUCCGGCCAUCGUCGGAGGAGCUGGAGAUGAAGACGACUACCAGUAGCAUAGACCUCUCAUCCUUCGACAAGGGUUUUAGUGCCAUGCCAGCUACAUGCUUCCUCGUGUUCGAGCACCCAAUCGACGAGCCUGCCGAGACCAUAAGAAGGGGCCUCUCCCGUGCCCUUGCCUACUACCACCCCAUCGCCGGGCGCCUUGCCCCGGGAGCCGGCGGCGGCCAGGCUCGUGUCGAAUGCAACGGCGAGGGCGUGGUCUUCGUGGAUGCAUCCGCGGACUGUGCCCUGAAGGAAGCAAAACUCUUCGGCCUUUCAUCUGGUGCAACGAUGCUACCAGACGACCUCGCUGUCUACUACCCGGUGACCGUGUUCUCCUGUGGUGGCUUUGUGGCCGGAGUCACAUGGAACCACGCCAUUGCCGACGGCGCUAGGAUGGCCCAGUUCUUGCAGGCCGUCGGCGAGCUGGCGUGCGGGCUGCCGGCACCGUCUGUCGUCCCAACCUGGUGCGACAGCUCGCUGCCGGCUCUCCCUCCGCAUCAAAGCCGAGUUCCAUGGCCACAUGCGAAUGGUGGCCAGCCAUGCACUGUGUUCGAAGCGGUGACCGCUGUGCUAUGGCAGUGCCGCACUCGUGUGGUCAUCUCUGAUCCAGAAGCCCCCUCCCUGCUGUUCAUUGUAGCCAAUGUCCGCAAGCACGUCGGGGCCAAGGAUGGCUACUAUGGUAACUGUGUCACUGGGCAGCUCGUCGUCGCGACGAGCGGCUCGGUGGUGAACGGACCCAUCUUGGACAUAGUGAAGAUGAUAAGGCAUGCCAAGGAGCAGAUCACCAAACAGCUGAAGCGGAACGAUGGUGGUGGUGGCGGCGACGACAAGCCGCAGGCUUCGAAGCCGCAGCCUGAGGACAUGCUUCGGUACAACUACAACCUCUUGAGCGUGUCAAGCAUGAGGAACAUCGGCCUCGACGAGGUUGAAGUUGGCGGCAGGAAGCCGGUGAGGGUGAUGUGCCGUGCCCGUGUGCCACACAUGACUGCCAUCCUGCGUGGUGUGCCUGCCAUGGAAAGGGAAGAAUGGGCCCAACAUGGUCACCCGCUGUGUUAG